CUCAUCCCACCUACAAUUUACAAAGUCUUCUUCUCUAAUCGAUUCUCAUUUCCUCAACUUCAAUGGCAGCAACAAAGAGCCACCGCUACCUCGGCGGCGCAGCCAGGCUCCCCAUGUCGGAGUUCACCGAUCAAUUCGAAUUCGAAGAAGCCGACGUCUGGGGCAACAGCGAUCAAACGGAGAGCAGAAAAUCAAUUAAUUCAAACCCGCGCCCCUUCAAAAAGCCUCUGCCGAAAACCGCGGCGGAUCGGUCCCCGAUCGGAGCGAAAUCCCUCCCGGUGAACAUUCCUGACUGGUCGAAGAUCCUGAGGGGAGAGUACAGGGCACGCGCCGGUGAAUGUACGGAGGAGGACGAGGACGAGGGAAAUUACCAAAUGCCCCCUCACGAGUAUUUGGCGCGGACGAGAGCUGCCUCGCUGUCAGUUCACGAAGGCAUCGGGCGGACUCUCAAGGGAAGGGAUUUGAGCAGGGUCAGGAAUGCCAUCUGGAAACAGACCGGCUUCGAAGAUUAGCGAUUCUCUGAGUUCUGUUAUCUUUUUUGUUAGCUUUGAUUUCAGAGGAUUACUACUACUACUACUCCUCAUUAAUUCCUUGUGUGAUUACUAAUUGUUUACGUUAGGAAGGGGGGGAAUUGAAGCUUACCUUUUGGAUUUAGGUAAAUGGCCAUCUUUUUUGUGCCAUUAAUUCUUCAAUUAGGGGUUCAAAUUUCUUGGUUUCUUUUUCUCUUUUUGUAAUGUAAAAUGUUUAUGGGAAUAAACUUAUCAUCUUCCUAA